CUGUUUCCCCCCGUCCAAGGGUUGAGAGAACCAAAAAAUGGAAGACGGCGAGCAAGUAAACGCGAUGCAAGGAAAUGCGGCGCAACGGCGCCUGAGCAUAACCACCACUCUCUCACUCCCUCUCACUCGCUACGCCAGCAGUCUGAUGGAGGCCGCUGGCGGCGGCGACAGUGGAUACUUCUACUCCAAGGCCGUCAUUGUACUUGAUCUCAUCUGGAACAUGUCAUUUGUCGUGGUGUCGGUGUUGGUGCUCUUGUCUGCAAUUCCAGAGAGGCCUUCUACUCCCCUUCGGGCCUGGAUCUCCGGCUACGCUUUCCAGUGUGUCUUGCAUGUCGCUUUCGUCUUUCUUGAGUUCCGGAGCAAGGAUCAGGUUGAUCGUGACGGUGUGACUGGGGUUUCAUCAUCCCAAAGUCAUACCAGCAUUUUGAAAAGGCUGGAGUCACUGAAUACAAUAAUGUCAUCCAUCUGGUGGAUGAUUGGGUUCUAUUGGAUUGUGAUUGAUGGCCAAGUGCUUCCUCAAGAAUCUCCCCGUCUCUACUGGUUAACAGUGAUCUUUCUGGCCUUCGACGUGUUCUUCAUAGUCUUUUGCACUGGGAUGGCAUGUAUCAUAUUCUUUGCUGUCUUCUGCUGCAUGCCUAUUGUAGCAAUUGCCUGUGCUAUUACAACCAGACAAGCUGCUUCUGAAGAUGAUAUCAGGAGACUUCCCAAGUAUAAAUACCACAAGACUAGUCUAAUGAGAACACCAGAUAAUUAUGAGGAGGAAAAUUGCAGAAUGAGUGUUGAGCUAGGGAACAAAAGCGUAGACAGUGAAUUUACUCUUCAGCCAGAUGAUUCUGAGUGCUGCAUUUGCCUUUCUCGAUAUUCAGAAGGGGCAGAGUUAUACAUUCUUCCCUGCAAUCACCAUUUCCAUUCUGGAUGCAUUGGUAAAUGGCUUCAGAUAAAUGCAACGUGCCCACUGUGUAAGUUUAACAUUCGGAGAGGUGACACAUUGGUUUGACUGCUCUACUCCUCCCUUAAUCAAGACUACAUUUGACAGUGUGAAAUAGUCACGGACGGAUGGGAAUGAGAAGGAAGGAUUAUGAAGGAAACUUACAAUGAUGAAAGAAGAAACAGCAUGAUUCUCCUUUCGUGUAUGUACAUAGACUUUUUAGUUAGUUUCAUUCCACUAAUCAUUUUCAAGUUAUCAUUUUCGAGUUCUGGGGCCUCGUUUAUUUUGUACAUGUAAACAAAUCUAAUUGGCGUUUUGUUUGUACCAAAAGAAGUGGCAACAUAAUACCAAGUGGGACAACGCGGGAGUAGGAUCUUGGUGGUGUGAAAGGAGAAAUUGGUUGUUGGAGCGUUUUGGCAUGGCAGCCAUAGCUACGUCAGUCAAUGUUAGCCAUGGAAUGAUAUUACGUAUACUUGGCGGUUGCUUUCAUAGUCUUCUCACUUACGACGUUUAAUUAUUGAUUUUUGAAAGUCCAACUUAUGUAGACAGAUAGUAGUCAAUGAAUAUCGAUGUUCAAA